GAAGAAGCCGCCAUUGGGGGACAUUAUCACACAAGACGUUGAACUGUUCGGUGCACAGGUAGAAAAAAUAUGGGAUAUUUGUUAAUCCAGUUUGUAUUUUUGAGGAACUGAUCGAAAUAAAUACCAGAGAAAAAACAAAACCAUGGGCGAUAAUAGAAGCAGAGGAAGAGGGGAUAAUAGAGGAAGAGGCAGAGGUGAGAAUAGAGGACGAGGUCGAGGUGGAUCUGAAGAGUCGCAAAGACAAUAUCAACAGCAACUGCAGCAGCAACAACAACCACCAAGACAGCAACAACAACAACCAAGACAACAGCAGCAGCAACAACCACCAAGACAACAACAGCAGCAACAACAACAACCGAGACAACCGCAAGCACCAUGGCAGCAACAACAACAGCAACCGCAACAAUCUCAACAACAGGUGCAACGCUCUGCCUCUGGAGACUCAGCAAGAGCAUCAUCUGCAACUGAAGUCCUAUCAACAGAGGUUGCGAGACUAAAAAUUGGACCUUCAGGAGAUUCAGAAAAAAAGAAAUUCGAGAAACCUGAAAUUCUUCGAACUCGACCUGAUCACGUGGUGGAUAAAAGGGGAAAAAAUUAUGGCGCUCUCGUACAAUUGGAGACAAAUUAUUUUCAGUUUAACACCAAGACAAAUUGGUCGUUACAUCAAUACAGAGUCGAUUUUUCUCCAGAGGAGGAUAGAACUUUCGUUAAACGACGACUGUUUAAUCGCAUACCAAACACAAUGUUUGUGCCUAAUAUCUUUGAUGGAUCUGUUUUAACUACGAUUCAUGAAAUAAAGGAGUCGAUGGAAUUCGCUGUUACUCACACCGAAGAUGAGAGUAAAGUUGUGCACAUUAAAAUUCGUCAUGUUGCCUCAUUGUUGAAUAAGGCCGAUUAUGGCUACAUUCAACUUUUCAAUUUACUAUCACGUCGUGCCUUGGAAAAUUUGAAUCUUCAAUUGAUCGGCAGAAAUUAUUUCGACCCAAAGGGAACGGUGGUUGUUCCUCAAUACAAAUUGGAGGUAUGGCCCGGAUAUUUGACAUCGAUUCGUCAACACGAACAGAGCACUCUCAUGUGUGCGGAAAUUGUGGGCAAAGUAAUGCGACAGGAAACUGUACUUGAUAUUCUCUCCAAUUGUCAAAGAAAUAGUCGUGAUUUUCAGCGAGAUUUUAAAAAUGAAGUCAUUGGAACAAUCGUGAUGACCACGUACACAGAUCGUACCUAUCGAAUCGAUGAUGUUGACUUUAAUGCCUCACCUUCACACACUUUUGAAAAGGGCGGAGAAACAAUAAACUACGCGACAUAUUUAGAACAACGAUAUCAAGUUAAGGGUUUGAACAUGACACAACCCAUGCUUGUAUCAACAACAAAUGCUCGACAACGAAGAUCUGGAAUGCCUGAAUUAAUUUAUUUAGUUCCCCAACUGUGUCGUACUACUGGUUUAACUGACCAAAUGCGCAAUAACUUCCAGUUAAUGAAGGAAGUUGCAAAAUAUACUUGCGCGGAUCCGAAUGUUCGUAUUGAAAAGCUAUUGUCAUUUAAUAAGAGAAUAUCGCAAUGCACGAAAACAACCGAUCAGUGGACCCAAUGGGGCCUUUCUCUUGGUACUCAAUUGGUAAAGGUCAGUGGAAGACAAAUGCCACCGGAGGAAAUUCUUUUUGGAGGCAAUGCCAAGGAAGCCACUGCCGAUUGGACUCGAGCUUUGCAAUCGAUGAAACCAAUUGUUUCACAGGGACAGCUUAACAACUGGUUUAUCUUACAUCCAAAGCAAUCAAGAUGCAUUCCGAGUCUACUAGAUUUGCUGCUGAAAGCAUCAAGGGGAAUGAACUUCACAAUUGGAAAACCACAAUGUGUUCCAUUGGAAAAUGAUAAUCCUGUGGCGUAUGUAAAUAUGAUUGAGAAUAUCAUGACUAAAACGGUGCCACAAAUGAUAUUUUGUGUUGUCUCGAGUGCAGCGGCGAAUCGUUAUUCGGCAAUUAAACAAAAGUGUUGCGUGGAUCGACCAGUUCCAAGUCAAGUUAUUAAGGAAGCGACAAUUAACCGCAAAAAUGCAUUAUCGAUUAUGACAAAUGUUGUCAUCCAGAUGAAUUGUAAAAUUGGUGGAGUUCCAUGGAAAGUCGCUUUACCAUCUAAUGACGUGAUGGUCAUUGGUUUUGACGUUUGUCACGAUACAUCGAAAAGUGGUUGGGAUUAUGGUGCAAUGAUUGCUUCAAUAAAUGGCGAUUGCACGAGAUAUUACAGUGCCGUGAGUGAACACAAGAAGGGCGAUGAAAUUUGUGACACUCUUGCCGAGCAUAUCAACAAAGCUUUAGAGAGUUACAAAAGAUUAAAUGGAAGACUUCCCGGAAGAAUAUUCAUGUAUCGAGAUGGAGUUGGUGAGGGACAAUUGAACGCUGUCUAUAAAGUUGAAGUCGCAAGAAUUCAAGGCAUGAUAAAAAGAGUUUAUGCCGAGAACAAUACUGAAGUUGGAAAAUUGUCGUACAUUAUUGUUACCAAAAGAAUAAACAGUAGGUACUUCUUGAGACAACAGAAUCCAAAUCCAGGAACAGUUGUCGAUGAUGUCAUAACCGAUCCGGAUAAGUAUGACUUUUUCAUGGUUUCAGCGAAAGCCAAUGUUGGCACGAUUACGCCAACUUAUUACAACGUCAUUAUUGACGAAAAUAAACUACGUCCUGAGAUGUUACAACGCUUUACAUUCAAAUUAACUCACCUUUACUUCAACACAAGUAAAACGGUGAGAGUACCAGCGCCUUGUCACUAUGCACAUAAAUUGGCUUUCCUCGUAAGCCAAUUUAUUCAUCAGACGCCUUCUGAGAAGUUGGCAGAAUUACUGUACUUCCUUUAAGGAAUUAUUUCGGAUUGCUCUCUUUUUUAAACAUUUGUUUAUUUUGUUAAAAAACAAAUUUCUAGAAUCUCGAAGAUUUUUUUUUUACUUGCAUAAAUAUUUUGGUAAUCAGUGUUUAUCGAGGAUUGUUUUUUUUAUUUUACUUUUCGUUGCAUUUGAAAGUAAUUUUAUUUUACUUAAGACGGUGAUUUAAAAAUUGUACCGCCUACGUUUGUAUUGAUAUACAAAUUAAUUUUUUUUUCUUUUUAAUUUGACAUUUUUGUCUUAUAUUUAAUUGUUGCCUGAAACAAUAAAAAAAAUUGUGUUAAUCACAAAAGAGAAAGUAGUUAUCGUAGAAAUAAGUUACAAAAAAAAGAAAUAUACAAAGAUAGAAAAAUACAAGUCUGAAAAAAUAGUUUCGUAUGGAAUGCGAGACCAAAGAUAAUAAAAUAUAGUUUUGUAUAUUACAUGUGUAAGAUAAUGUAAGAAUUUCUUCCUAUGGAGAAUGUUAUUUUGCAAUAAAAUAUUUUUCUGUA